GAAAGUUUAAAAGUAAAAUGAGGAGAAAGGUCGCUGAUCGUAAGAAUUCUAGCCGCGGCUUUCCUCCACAGUGAGCCGGUGCGAGUAAAACGGAGUCCAGUGGAUGAGGCCGAUUUCUUGCCAAACUUCGUGAACGAUCGACUAUAGCUGUGUCCCCGUAAGAAGCUAUGGUUAAGAAUCGAUAGUGCGAUAUUCGAAUAAUCGCAUCGAUACGAUAUUCGAUAUUCUGUAGUGGGAGAUUCAAAAUGGCGGUCAUGCAUGCAUUUUCUAAACGUAAAGCGGGAAAGGUGUGGCUUAUUUUAGCUCUGAAAACUCGUAACAAUGACUUUUUAUGUUUCAAUAUGUUUUUUAUCAAUGUUUGACUGUAACUGAAAAUAAUUUGUAAGUUAAAAAUACAUAUUUCAAUUAAUAACAACUUUUAUCUCGACGCGUCCCGUUUUAAAGGAAUAACCUAUAACCAUGCUAAAUUACGUUCUGUGUGUCAAAAAAGCAGAAAUUGGAGAGUAAUUGUAACUAAUGUCCGAUUAUAUGACUUCCAAGGUUAGUUUUAGCGGUGAUGUAGGUCUUUUCUUUUUUAUACAGGUUCCAUAUGGGUUCCAAAUGCAUGAAAUGUACUUUUUUUUUGAACAGCGCGCCAAUUCACCCCGCUGUCAAAGAUGCUCUUCUAUAAGCACGAGUUUUCACUGGAGACUGGACACUAGGACACCAUGUUAAACGGAUAAGUAACGAAGAAAUUCGAUAAAUUCCUACGACAUUAUGACAAUAACUUUCCAAAGAACCUCCCAAAAAUUCAAAAUUUGAAGAAAACAAUACAUUUAAACUGAAUUGGAUCUAAUUCUAGCCGAAUAAUUGAUUUUAGUGUAUAUGCUAUUUCAUUUACGGUGAGCCUGAUUCUGUUUGGCAGUUAAAAGUUUUGUUUACCAAGUUGAGUUUUCGAAAGAAGUCUUCAAAGUUUAUCACAUGGCAUGAGUUUCUUCAAUUGCUAAUAAUGUGCCCAACAACUUUUGUAAAGAUAAAUGUUUUCUCACGAUUAUUAGCCACACCAGGCAGCAUUUGAUACUAUAUUUACUGAAGUUAUUGUUGCUACAAAAGAUGCAAUCCACCGCUGAAAUAAUCAAGAAGUUGGGUCAUGAUAUUGAAGAGAUCAGAGUUCGGGCACUGAAUAACAUUCUCAUGAAAUUAAACUGCCAUGUCCUGACAGUUGAGGAUUUGACCGAAAGUCAUGAAUUGUUCAUAAAACUCAUCAAUUGGUUCAAGUUUCCAGUAUGCACUGAAAAGGAAAAAGUAUUGGAAUUGAUAUUAACUCUAGCAAAGACAGAAACAGGCAGAUUGAAAUUUUUAGAAAUUGAUCCAAGAUUGAAGUUUCUUCGAGACUUUGACAUCACAGCCAGUGAAAGAAAACUCUCAACUCUUAUAUCAAGCAUCAUCUUUGCGUUAGAAUAUACAAGUUACCCUCCAAAUGGGCAAAGCAAAGUACGAAAGCCAAGUCUGCACUCAGCGCCCUCCUCCGGGAGAUCCAGUCAUAGUGAAAAAUACGAGUACCAAUUCAACCAGGGUGCUCCUCAGCUUAGCAAUGAUGAUCCAAAUGAUGUAAAAUUUACCAGUAGCAAGGCGAAUCAGUUUUUCAAUCAAAAAUCCUCUGGCCAUAGUUGUGGAAAUGUAAAACCGCACAAUCACCCUGAUAUGUUGCAUGCAGAUUUUUCCUCCUCCUUUCAUAGAGAUAAGUACUUUCAUACAGGAUGUAGAGAGGAAAUUCAUGUGAACGCUAGUUGCAGAGAUUAUCCUGUACCCCCAAGAAAUAUGAAAUCACAUACUGGUUUUAGAAAUGAAGACUCUCCUCUCAGGAACGAUUUCACUGACGAUAUCUCUACGCAUAAUCUAAGAACUUCAGAGUGUCCUUUCAAUUUUCAAAGUGGAGAGUCCUCCCGUAAAUAUCUUGGAAACGAGCGACCUCAGUCCAACGCUUCUAGGGGUGGAGACCCUGCGGUAACGAAUACUAGAAAUGAAAACCCACCAUCUUAUGAAGCAAAAAAAGAUACCGUCAACCAAAACUAUGGGAACAGUCAAGAAUAUUUAAGUCACGAUUUCAGCCGAGGGGAUCCUGUCUUUCGUGGUUUUGAAGAAAAUAUGAAGCCCAUGAACUACGAUCAACACCACAGACUGUAUCCUGGAUUAGGCGAGUCAGUUUCAACAAACCUAAGGUUUUCUCCGGCCCAAGCGAAGCCCAGUCAACCAAUGAGUCCAGAAAGUCGAAGUAGUAGUUCAGUGCACAGGGAAGAUGUCUCCUCUAAGAAACAAAAAAGUGACCCAGUUAUUUUCUCAGAACCUAGUGCUUCAGUUUCCGAAAGACCCAAUUUAUAUCAGCAGAACAGGGAUGCACGCCUGGAAGCAGAGCCAUUCUCAGCAAGAUCUUCUGGAUCAUCGAAGACUGCAAAAUCAAAAAGCUCAAUAGAAGAAAUUCCCGCACCAAAAAUAGAUAAUGAUUUAUGGAUCGCGAAGGAUAACCUAGGCAAGUUUGAAAGCAAAAGCUCAAGUUGGCGGAGCAGUUCUGCAGCAAAGCCCGGAGAACCAAAAAAUGGAACGUCAAUCGCAGAUCGAGAAUCUCCAUUACCCUAUCAAAGUCCUGAAAGCUUUCAACUGAACGACUUUGAUGCGGAAGUUUUUAAAGUCUGCUCGCCAAAGUGGCAAACCCUAAUCCUCUCAGACUAUCAUGUACUGUCAGCAGUGAGUCAGUCUUUAAAGGAUCCGAGCCUGGUCGACCAUUCUUGUCAUUUUUUCAUGACAGUUUUGAUUCGUGAUUUUCCCGCUCCUGUAUUCAUUCAACACUCGUCAAUUUUAAAGAGUUUAUUGUGGUUGCUUAAAUCUAAAUCCUCAUCAUCAAAAGCUAUCAUUGCCUGUUUGGAUCGAUUGGUUUCAUCAUUUAUACAGUAUUCGAAUUUCACUGACAAUCCUGGAACUGUAUCCACGCAGACAGAAUUUGAUGAUGUGUCGUCUUCUUCUCCAGCCUCAGGAAUCGAAGGAGGUGAUAGGAAUCUUAACCAGCAAGAGGCAGAUAAUGAAGACCUCUGUAACGUAAAAUCAGAGCAGAUCAGUAUACCUCAACUAUGCUCCUUAAUUGCGUUGCAUCUUACCAAUCAUAUCUCGGAGGUUUGCAAUUCCGUACAUUUGUUCCGCUCUGCGUUAAAACUAUUCAUCUCGCAUUUGGUUUGCGAUCCGAAGGAAUUAUGGACAUCAACCAACAUCGUGGCCAUAGAUUGUUGCCAGCAUUUUAACACUUUCAUGGUUGAGAGUGCUGUUGCAUAUAAAACAUGGGCUGGCGACUCUUUCAAGCAGCUGCGAUUGAUAGCGUCAGUCUGCGAGUUUUUAGACAAUCUUGUACCUGUCAGCAUAGCAACGAGGGUAGUCCCAGAACUUCUGCAAGAAAUUCUAUCCCAUGCAAUUUUAGAUCCUAUAUUGCUUUUCCUGUAUCCUAAAUUACAUGGUUUCAUCUGCCAAUAUGGUAACAUUUUUCAGAAGUCAGAAAUUUCAGUCUACAACGAGCUGACAGUUGUCAAGGAAUCUAUGUCAUCCGCAAGCAUAUUUCUGCAAUCAGGUUUAACCAUGCCCAUCUCUGAUGCUCUACAAAAUAUGUCAGCUGCCCUUCUAAGCAUACCUUUCCAUCUCAAAUUUGAAUUAAUCCGCUCAUUUAUUUAUUUCUGCUCCCAAAAAAUCAUUUCUAACAAGGAGGACAUGGAGCUUUCAAUUGAUAUCACUCUAAAAUUGCUAGCAAAUGGUUGCAGUGAUAUUCGGUCGUUCAUGUAUAGCGAGUGUCAUAAAUUGAUUACCUCCAAGUUAGGAGUUGAACAAGCGGUCAAAUCGUCAGAUCCAGUUCCUCACUUGAAAUUCUUGUUGAACUCGGAGGUCAUUUCAGAGAUUGCUCUGUAUGGUGUUUUCGACGAUAUUCCUGAGAUUCAGGAAGAAGCAAAAGAUUUAUUGAUUCAUAUCUUAUCAUGCCGUUUACUGGUUCCAAAAUAUUCUUUCAAAACAGUUCUAUCUGCCAUUGGGCCUGUACUACCUCUUUUGGAAUGUCUUGCAGAGAAAAACACCGAACUCGGCCGUUGCGUUCUUGGGGUGUUGAACCCAGAUUCUUCUCCUCUCUCGCAAUUACAGUUACUCACCGGAAAUUUACGGCUCAUGUUUCGGAAUGAUACCAUUGUUCGUGAAGAGGGAAUUGCGCGAGUCAUGUGGCUGAUGCGCACAACAACUGUAGUCGAACAAGCCUCGGGAAUAUUCAUUGUUGAAAAACCUGCUCACCAGCGACAGAUCUUAACUGGAGUUUAUGAGGCAGGAAGUAUGAUUCGAGUUCUCGAGCUACUAACAGCGCCUUGUGUCGAAGAUAGGCUUCGGCGCUCUGCCUUGAUUCAGUUGAGUGUUAUGACGGAAGACUGGCGACUUCAUGAUAUAUUUCUGGAACAAAAUGGAUUGAAAGCUGUCAUAGACGUUCUUAAAAAUGAGAUUGAGGAACCACGGACCGACUCAGGAAGGGACAUGAUUUUGUCAACAAUCUGUGUUCUGAAGAAUAUAGUGAGACAUAAUACACAUUUACGUUUGGAGCUAUCAACUGAUUUUGAGGUUUAUAAAGCAGCAUUUUUAGGUUUGUUCAAAUAUCACGAUGAGCUGAGGCUGAGAAGGGAUGCCACCGAGCUGUUUGCCCUUUUACUCUUUGCAGAGCAAAUUUUAACACCAACAAUUGCCUGUAUCUCUGUGGUUGACCUAGUCAAACGAUCUGUUAUUUUACCCUUCGAGCUCAAUUCUCAUGCUAAAUCAAGUCCUCAUUCUGAACCUCAGUUAACUGGACUCUUAAGUGAUGAAAACUGUAAAAAGUGCCUGAGUAUUCACUGGCAUAUUGUCAGUUCUAGUGGUAGAAACAUCAACAGUCUCAUCGAGAAUUAUGAUGAUGUCAACAGUGACAGAUUAGUAGUUUCUGAGAAGACCAUGUUUCAACUGCAGUCAGCAUCGCUGCCGUUCAGCAUCACCCAGUUACUCUACGCUAUUCAGAACGCAACUCAUCAUACCACUGUCAUCGAAACAUUGGAUGUCAUUGCCAGAUAUCUAGAAAUGUAUUGGUUGAUUACUGCAGAAGAGCUGAACGAAAUUCCACUCAGAGCCUCCGUAGAAAGAUUUUUAUCCUCACCACCGUCAAAUGCCAUGGAUCAGGAACUACUCGUAAUUGUACUGAAAUUCAUCGCAGAGCACUCUCUCAUACUCAGACACCAUCUUACAUGGCUCCCUAGUCUUUUGUGCGAUGAAAGGAAUGCUUUAUCAAAACUUGUGGUAUCUCACAUUGGCAAUGAUAGUACUCUCACAAAGUGGAAAGAAAUAUGCAUAGAAGUAUUCCAUUUGAGCAGGAAGUGUGUGCAGCUAUUCAGGUCGGAAAAUUGGACUCACAUCACCAACAAUAUUGAAAAGUGCCUUAGAUUCAGCCACACACAGCAUUUCUACAACCUAGCAUUUCUGGAUGCGUUGCUAUCCUGUUUUGUAGAGAUCACCAUAGCAUCUCCAUCGCAACCAAUUGAUUCCACCGAACUUUGGGAGCUUAUAUCCGCGUUCCACUGCAGCAAUCCUCAAUCAUUCAUGGGGCUCAGCGUCACAAGGAACACUUUGAUCCUCCUCAAUCAUCUUUUUCACUGUGCGGUGCGGUGUAAAAGAUGGGAGGAUGUUUGGCUUGUCGAGAGCCGUAUGAUCUGGUUCCCGCUGCUCUUCGCAAGCCGUGACGUAAUUGUACGGGCUUCAGCUUUCCAGUUGGCCAGCGGUCUGACAAGCUCAAGAGCGGGUGCCGAAUUUAUGUUGACUGCAGUUGAUGGUCUUUGGAGCACGUCUUUAGGUGUUCUUAUGAAUCAUCGAGAAGCGAGUGUUGUAAGAGAGAAUGCAGGCAUGAUCUGCUCCAACAUCAUAAGCCAUGGAACCAAAGAAUUAAUGGUAGACCGGUGUAAAGAAAUAGGACUCUUUGAAUAUUUUUCUGUUAUUGUCGCUCAGUUAAGGAUAUCACCUCUCAUGGACUCAACGCAAGAAGGAUCUCCAACAACAAAUGAAGACUAUGCACCAACCACGCCAGAUUUACUGAAAGUCUGUUGCCUCCUCCUAAUGAAUUUAUGUUGUUUAAAGGAAACUACUUUGAGAGACGCCUAUCAAGAUGGAUUUACAGUUUCUUUGUUUAGAUUUUUAAGUUCUUUUCAAGUGCCAAAUAAUUUAUCGCGGGAUGUUGUAACUAUGUUAACUGCCAUGUGUUCGUUACUAGCUCAUACAAUGAACAAAGUUGAAAAUAUUCUUGUGCCCAACUGUUCCGUUGCCAUUUUGCCUCUGUUGAAUACUGAUUUGUUUGGCGAGAAUUUAACGCUAGAGCGCGAUGCCUUGUGGGGUGAAUUGUGGUUUUUUAUAUCUACAAUUCCAUCAUCGUCCAGCACACUAGUCAAUUUAAAUCCUCCUGCAAUUUCAGCAUUGUUAUAUUCCCUCUCCAGCUCCAACCGGACUCUACAAAUGAAUGCAUUGGUCGCCGUUAGAGCUUUGUCUCCAAGUUUCAAUAGAGAUACAGCAAAUGAGUUAACUGUUUCGUUAUUAGUUCAUUGGGAUGUAUUUUCAAGUGGGAGCAAGCGAUUGGCUUUGUAUUCAGCAUUAGGUCAACUGUUCAUGGACUGGGGCGAAACAUCAGUGUGUGCUUUGAAACAUGAUUUUGGAAACCUUGUUUUGUUUAGAUUGAAAAAAAUUCACGUUGAUCUCAGUGUGGCUGCUCCAGACAUCCUCCGAUCGAAAAAAAAUCAUCCUACUUUAACUCACCUGAUUGAUCUUCUAGGCUUAUUGAGCAACUUCUUAGCUAGCAGUGAAUUAGUAAAAAAUAGCAUGGCAGAGAAUGGUCUUGCAGCUGUCUUUCACAAUUUAUGGGUAUGGUGCUCUUUGAACUCAAACCUUUUCCAAAGGUAUUUAGAAGUUCUGUGCACUUUUACUGCAGAUUCACCUGACGCCUGCCAUUCAUUUGUCUCUAGCACCAUAAUCUGUGGCAAGACACCACGAUCUCCAUCUUUGCUUCAUGCUUUGAUAUCUUAUGUCAUCAGUGAAGAGAGCUUUUCAGUCAUGUUUCAAGCAGCCCUGACAGUCCUAAGCCACUGCUGUCAGUCAAAGCAGUGCAGGCUAAUUAUUUCUAAGAAUCAAGUUACAUCUUCUAUCACCAAGAUAGCCGGGAAAAAGAAACUUAACGAAGACUUCGACUCUCACUGGUUAAGAUUUUUUUGUUGCUUUUCUAGUUUCUAUGAAGGUCAAAUCAGCUUGAUCCAAUUACCAAACUUUUUUGAAUCAAUAGUGACCCUCGCCAAUCACUCGAAGCAGUCAAUUAGAACUUUAGCCCUCAAUGUUCUGAUGAACUUAGCAUUUUGCCAUCCUAACCAGUCAAAAAUAGUUUCUGAUGACAAAGUUCUACUCAUGCUCUCAGGAAAGCUAGAUAGAGUUACAAAUUUGUCAAAGAUUGAACUUAAGUACAUAGCAGCGACUACUUGGGUUCUUGCCGCAAAUUGUCAAAAAGCAAAACUGUCAAUGAAGCGAGUUGCGCUUCACAGUAAGUUGCAAGCUGCUGCUGGUUUGGUUGUAGAUGAUGACAUCAUCAAAUUGUUAGAAAAAAUUGCCGCGCUAUUCCUUACAUAGUACUCAAUGAGUUCCGUGAUUUAGCACUGUUCAAGUGAUCCCACGGUUCUCUUGUCAAUACUUUUUUGUCAAUGAAGCUCAAUUGUAUUUUAAGAUUUAUGUCCCUUCUAAUCAACAAUAAGACUGAUGUUUUACAUUCAUUUCUUUGACCGCACUAUGUUUUUGCCUUAUUAUCUGUGGAGAUGCCUUGUCGGUUAAAUUUUUUAUGUUUUAGCUAUGUUUCUUUUUAUCUUGUACGAUUUUAUUACUGACCACGUAUAAUUCCCAGGAGGAGAAAGUAUUUCUCUCUGUUUUCUUUUAGAACUAUUUUUAUCGUAAAUAUUGUGAAACUGGUUUCCAAAGAGCACAGCUUCUCUUGCAAAACAUAUCACUACCUUUUAAUUGUAAAAAUUUGAUUUGCAUUUUUUUAAAAUUAACAUUGCCUUAUCGUUGUUCACAUGUUAUUAUCAGAGAGCGGAAGGAAAAGUCGUAGAGCGAGGCUGAAUCUACAGCAAUUUUCUUUGUUAGAUACCUUGUGUCAAAAUUCGUGUUAAAGUUUUUAAAGAGGCCAGAACAUUUUCACUU